AGGUAGGCAACUGAUGUGAGACAACACAUAUUAGACAGCACGUUCGUGGAAGAAGGUUUUGUGUUUUUGGACUAGAUCUACGAAGAGGACACACGGUAUGGAAAGGGAGAUUAGAGGAUGGCGAUAAGAAGAAAUGUCGUCAUCGGCCUGUUUUGGAUGAAACCCAAAUAUGGACUGGCAAUAUCACUCUGCCUCUGCAUCGUCACCGUCAUCAUCAGCCUCUACUUCCUCGACGACCUCACACUCAAGGUGCCGCCGGUGCAAGUCGUAGUCCUUCCGAAAUCGGAAAAAGAAACGCUGUCUCAGAUUGGAGAUGGGCCCGUCCACGCUCCCGUGAUACUGAACGACAUCGAGAUAGAGGUAGCCAACUCCAGCAGGGAACAAAUCCCCCAGCAUGCCGGUGUCGAACUGAAAAACAUAUCCCGACACCUACAGCUUAACGCUCUCCUCCCCAGUAAUCGUGAUAGAUUUCUACUCAAUCAUUUCCAAAAUGCAAGUUUGCGCAAAACGAACUCCAAUCGUGAGAAAUAUAUAAUAUAUUAUUGCCGAAAAAAUAUCACGUGUUGUGGAUGGGGUGAUCGGCAGCAUGGGAUACUGUCGGCAUAUGUUAUAUCUUUAGUGACAAACCGAACGUUCGGAGUCGAUAUGUCCUCUCCGUGUGUGUUAUCCAAUUUAUUCCACCCAAGGAAGUUGAACUGGAAAAUAAAUUCAACAUUACUUCAAGGUCUUUCUACGAAAUAUUUAUAUACAGUUAACGAUAAAGUCUUUCGACAGCUGAUUGGUCAGAUCGACUUCGAUGCUGUGUAUCCCCAGGAUGUUGUGUACCUUACAACAAACUAUGACUACUUCUACGCCUUGAAAAAUAAUCCUUACUACAAGACGAUAUUUCGUCAAAAACUGAAAACCAAGCCACGGCCAAUCGUGUUCGCCGAUCUGUGGCAGAAUAUCUUUAAGCUCAAUAGGCGUGUGAAGAGACGAUUGACAACUGCUUUGGCUAAAGCAAAACCUACGGAGAACUUCAAGCUUGUUUGUGCUCAUUUACGAUUCGGUAAGAAUCCCACCAUCCCAUGGGAUUCAGAAGUGAGGAAUACAAUGGAGUCCGUCUCGGUGGUGUGGGACUUCUUCAAGAAGUACAAAGAUCAUCAUAAGUAUAGAAUAUUUGUAGCAAGCGAUUCCGACAACGUUCGCUCAAAAGUUAUGGAGCUGUUUCCUUUACAGAACGUGGAAAUAGAAGGCGAAAUCAUUCAUAUCGAUAAAACAAAGAGAAUAAAGAUUGAUCCAUGUACUGGCUUUGAGAAGGUGCUUGCUGACCAGUACUUCUUGAGUAUGUGCGAUGUGCUUGUGUUAACCUACAGUGUGUUCGGCAAAGCAGCUGCUUAUAUGCGGAGGUCAAAUAACGACCUCUACUUUCUGGAGGACGGACAGAUUAAGCCCUUGAAGGUCUUCAAUGACCGACUCUUGUUUGAGAAUGCUCAAUCAAAGUCUUGAUAAACACUCAACUUUAAACUGUUGCUAGUCAUAGAAAAUAUCCAGACAUUUUGAAUGAGAAACAUGCGACUCUGACCUUCAUAUUGCUCUCACUGUUUCUUAAUUUAUUCAAUUUUAUUCAGUUGUAUGGAAAUGGAAGGGGUUUUUUUUCAAAUUAAGACCUGCCUUUUUUUUAAAUUGGUUUCCAAAUCCACUGACUCCACAAAACUGUGUUUUUUUAUUCUGCCAAUCUAAAAUAAGUAUUCGUUUUUAAAAACACACUCAUGUACUGUUGCUAGUUAUAUCAAUAAAUUAAUUAAAUUUAUAAUUAAAACCUGUUGAAAAUUUAUCUUAAACACCUGGUUGCCACUAUAUAUUUCCCACCUACUUUAAACAUUUUUAGUAAACCAAAAAUAAUAUUGUGUAAUUGGAUAUUUUUAAACUUAUCCUAUCUCAUUCUAUGCAUUUCUCAUUCUUCUUUCGAUCCUAAGCGGCAACGUGCCAAAGGUUUCCAGCUUCUAAAAAAAAAACAAUCCACCUGCCCCCCCCCCUAGCCCCCGGAAGUCGCUUUUGCAUGAGUUGUUAGGUACGACAAUCCUUUUGUGGAUAUUGUCGAUCGUUCUUCUUCUUGUCGGAGCACGGGUGGCCCAGUCGUCUAAGGCGCCGCGAUUCGCUGUGCAGAGUUGCGUCCCUUGGGCACGCCAGAAACCUAUGAUUGUGGGUUCGAAUCCCGGUUCGCCCCAAUUAUGUUUCUAGGU